CUCGAGUUGCCAAAGUCUCAACACGCAACUUUCUGAUAGUGAACUCACCAGAGAAUUGAUCAUUCACCUCUGGAGAUUGUUUAGUAGCAGUGAUAUGGCUAUUUACAAGUCUCAUAGUCCACAGUGCGCCGUUUGGAUGGCUCUUACACUGGUGACAUGUGUUGGUGGAAAAAUUCUUUCGGUAGCUGCUACUUGGGAUGACUCCCACCUCACCCCCUCCUUCUACGACAACAAAUGCCCGCAUCUGCAGAAAGUGGUGUCUAGCAAGGUGGAGGCCGGAAGGCGGCGUGACCAGCGAUUGCCAGCUUCCGUUCUGCGACUCCACUUCCAUGAUUGCUUUGUCAACGGGUGUGAUGGAUCCAUCUUGCUCGACGACAGACCAGGCUUCGUAGGGGAGAAAAGUGCCGCCCCGAACUUGAACUCGGCGAGAGGGUUCGAAUUGAUCGACGAUAUCAAGCAAGAUGUGGAGGCUUUGUGUCCCGACACAGUCUCCUGUGCUGACAUAUUGACCAUUGCAGCCCGGGACUCCGUUGCCUUGAGUGGUGGCCCGUAUUGGGAAGUACAGCUUGGCCGGAGAGACAGUCUGACAGCCAGCAAGACCGAUGCGGAAAAUUCCAUCCCCCAGCCGACCUUCACCGUUACUCAGCUUGUUGCUAGUUUCAACGCUGUUGGGCUCAAUGAAAAAGACGUCGUUGCACUCUCAGGUUCGCAUUCGUUUGGCAAGGCAAGGUGUACUAGCUUCCAGAAUCGUCUCGGAAACCAAGCUAGUGGUUCGCAGUCUCCAGGCUCAGAUCCAUUUCUGGAGAGCAGUUACCUUGCGAAGCUGCAGACUCUGUGUCCGUCGAAUGGAGACGGGAACACUACAGUCAAUCUAGACCACUUCACUCCAGUCCAUUUCGACAACCAGUAUUACAAGAAUCUGCAAGCUGCGAAGGGGCUGCUCAACUCAGACGCCGUGUUGCAUACCACCAACGGCCAGAGCAACCAGCUUGUGGAAAUUUAUGCAAAUGAUGAACGCGUUUUCUUCAAGGACUUUGCCCAAUCUGUGCUCAAGAUGGGGUCGAUUAAGGUGAUGACUGGAAACAAGGGCGAGGUGCGUCGCAACUGCCGGUUACCGAAUACUAUUCGCGCUUGACACCCUCAUUGGUUGCUCUGGCCGUUGGUGGUAUGCAACACAAAGUUCGUCUCAGACUAAGCAGACUGUCAGUGAUGCCCUUGUCGAUUGUGAUGUAAAUGAUAGGGGAUCUACAAAACAACGACCUCGCUCAAUC